AUGCUGUGGCCUCCUACGCCCGCGCAGUGUGCGCGGGGCUACAUCAGAACUUCGCAAAAAUUCAGGUUACGUCCGCAAUUUGCAUCGAGAGCGGCCGCCAUCCUACGACGACACUAUGCUUCCGGCGUUGACCACGCUGUCAAUGAUUCUUCCACCGAUCGAAAGUCACUUGCGCGGGUCGCGAGUCCCAGAUAUAAUGAGAUCGGUAUCCAGCAAUUGAGCGACUACCUUCAUCCCCAAGUCUUCCCUUCUGGUGCCACGCGACCACGUCCAGAGCUGGUCGAAUUGUCCAAGGAUCAUCUCCGACGGCAUGACCUAUUGGGAAAAAACCAGGACAAUACCCCUGCUAUCGGGUUGGAUGUGCCCCCGGUCGUAGGCAGCAGUUUGGACGAGCACUUUACCAAGCUGGGCCUCGAUGCAGCCGAGCCAUACCUGUCAUACGGCAAGGCAUUUGUGCGAGCAAACACCCCUCAGAGACCACGGAAAUGGGUAAUUCGAAGCGGAUGGACAAAAUACAACUCGGAUAUGACGACAGAAGAGGUGGAUGCGCCAGACGAGACGAUAUUAUCUUUCGACGUAGAAACCAUGUGGAAAGAAUCACCGUUCGCUGUCAUGGCCACUGCUGCCAGCCCGACGGCUUGGUAUGCUUGGAUUUCACCCUGGCUGUUGGGUGAAACAACGAAUCCAAGACAAUUGAUACCGUUGGGCGAUCCAAGCAAACCGCGCAUCGUCGUGGGACACAAUAUCGGGUAUGACCGUGCGAGAGUUAAGGAGGAGUACGAUCUACACCAGUCGCGGAAUUUCUUCAUCGACACAAUGUCGCUGCAUGUCGCUGUCAACGGGAUGUGUUCCAGGCAGCGGCCGACCUGGAUGAAGCACAAGAAGAAUAGGGAUUUGCGGGACAAAAUGUCAAGUGACCACAACUCAGCCGAGCUCCAGACGAUGCUUGAGAGUAAAAUGUUGAGCGAGGAAGAGGAGGAACUCUGGGUUGGCAGAAGCUCCAUCAACUCAUUGCGGGAUGUCGCAAAGUUCCAUACGGGCAUUACAAUCGAUAAGAGUCAGCGAGACUAUUUUGGUGAGUUGGAUCGAGACGGCAUCCUUCAGCGCAUCGAAGAACUGCUCGACUACUGCGCGGCCGAUGUGGCCAUCACACACAAAGUCUUUCAGAAAGUUUUCCCCAAUUUUCUCGAAACGUGUCCACAUCCUGUCAGCUUUGCCGCACUCCGGCAUUUGUCCUCCGUCAUCCUGCCUGUUGAUAAGUCCUGGGAUGAGUACAUCGAGCGAGCCGAGAAGACAUAUCUCCAGAGACUGAAAGAUGUCGAGCAGCGGCUUUUACAACUAUCAGAUGCGGCUUUGGAGGUCAAGGAUAAGCCGGAGGUCUACAAUAAUGAUCCUUGGUUGAAUCAGCUGGACUGGUCAGGCCAAGAGAUUAAAUACAAGAAAGCCAAGAAGAAAGGCGAGGAACCCGUUCCUGUCGCUAGGCAGAAGAAACCUGGCGCCCCUAACUGGUACCGAGACCUGUUCGUCUCUAAUGCGGCCCCAAUAAACUUGACAGUACGGACGAGGAUUGCUCCGCUGCUGUUGAAACUGUCUUGGGACGGCUAUCCUCUAGUAUGGUCUGACAAACAUGGCUGGACAUUCCGCGUCCCGAAUCAAGAUACCGGGAAAUACGAGCACAGCAACGUGGUCAGCUGCGACAUGUCAGAAGAGACGAAUCCGAGGCUGAAGUCCGAUUUCCGGCAUACGUACUUCAAGCUUCCCCACAAGGAUGGCCCGACAGCGCGUUGUGCAUCGCCACUGGCAAAGGGCUAUUUACAGUACUUUGAAUUAGGUACAUUGUCAUCGAAAUUCGCACUGGCCAAGGAAGCUUUGGAGAUGAAUGCAUCAUGCUCCUACUGGAUCUCGGCCCGGGAUAGGAUUACUUCUCAAUUGGUUGUCAGAGAAGCCGAUCGAGAACCGAGUCUAGCCGGCAAGUCUGAUCAGGGAUUUAUUCUUCCUCAGAUCAUCCCCAUGGGUACCAUUACUCGUCGUGCUGUGGAGAAUACGUGGCUCACUGCCUCUAACGCCAAAGCGAACAGAGUGGGAUCGGAACUCAAGGCAAUGAUCAAGGCACCCACGGGAUACUGCUUUGUUGGUGCCGAUGUCGAUAGUCAGGAACUGUGGAUCGCGUCGGUCGUGGGUGAUGCCCAGUUUCAGCUCCAUGGCGGAAACGCAAUCGGCUUUAUGACUCUAGAAGGGACCAAAGCUGCUGGAACGGAUCUCCAUUCCAAAACCGCAAAGAUUCUGGGAAUUUCUCGCAAUGAUGCCAAAGUGUUCAACUACGGUCGUAUUUACGGCGCCGGCCUCAAAUUCGCGGCGACUCUUCUUCGACAGUUCAAUCCUUCUCUAUCGGAACAGCAAACAAAUGACAUUGCCACGAAACUAUACAAGGAAACGAAAGGAACUCGGACGAGGCGCAAGAUGUUCGGCAAUGGCAGCUUCUGGCGAGGAGGCACCGAAUCCUUUGUCUUCAACAAACUCGAAGAAUUCGCCGAGCAAGAGCGUCCUCGCACCCCGGUGCUGGGAGCAGGGAUCACUGAAGCUCUUAUGCGAAGGUUCAUCAACCAAGGCUCAUUCAUGACUUCUCGGAUCAAUUGGGCCAUUCAAUCUUCUGGCGUCGACUACCUCCACCUUCUCAUCGUCAGCAUGGACUACUUGAUUCGCCGUUUCAACUUGGACGCUCGCCUCGCGAUUACCGUGCACGACGAAAUCAGAUACCUCGUCAAACACGAGGACAGAUAUAGAGCUGCCAUGGCUCUACAAAUCAGUAACCUAUGGACAAGGGCCAUGUUCUCACAACAAAUCGGCAUCGAAGAUCUUCCGCAAUCUUGUGCGUUCUUCUCAGCAGUGGACAUUGACCAUGUUCUCCGCAAGGAAGUCGACAUGGAUUGCAUAACACCCAGCCAUCCAGAGAAGAUACCCCAUGGCGAGAGUCUCGACAUCAAUCAAUUGCUCGACAAGGGCCAAGAGGCUUUUUUGAACCCGUCCAUCGUGUCGAAAGACGGCCCAAUUGAUCUGGACAAGUAUACGUACAAGCCGAGACAAAGCGUGAUGUCGAGCCUAAACAGUUCGGGCGACAUUGCUUACAUCAAGGCACAAAUCACCAGCGACGACCAAGAAUUGAAGGCCAUUAUCCGGGAAGCGGAGAACGAAGGAGCCUCUUCUUCCUCCGCGACAGACGCCCCUGCACUCACGACAACGACAAAGCGUUCUACUGGCUCUGGCUCUGGCUCUGGCUCUGGCAGUGGCAACUCAGGGCUACCGCGCGGGAGACGUCCGAAACCAAAGGUCCCCAUUCCUCCCCACGCGCAGCCGCAGCGCGCCAUGUUGAUGGAGGUCGAGGACCGGUGGGACAUGGGCUACAAGAAGGCCUUUGGCAGCGCAGGUCACGCCAGCGGCGCCGGCCAUAAGCCGUGGUUGACGGAGAAGAAAGCCCCAGAGUGGUCGAGCCAGUGGACAAACGAUGGAUGGGAGGUCUGA